AUUUUUCUCAGCGCCGAGGGCAAGCGAUAACCUUAGCGACGAAAGCGGCGGCGUCACCAGCACUUACCGCCGGGAAGAUGCAGAUCUUCGUGAAGACCCUCACCGGGAAGACGAUCACCCUCGAGGUGGAGUCUUCGGACACCAUCGACAACGUCAAGGCGAAGAUCCAGGACAAGGAGGGGAUCCCGCCGGACCAGCAGCGCCUCAUAUUUGCCGGGAAGCAGCUCGAGGACGGGCGCACCCUCGCAGACUACAACAUCCAGAAGGAGUCCACCCUCCACCUCGUCCUCCGCCUUCGUGGGGGCGCCAAGAAGCGCAAGAAGAAGACCUACACGAAGCCCAAGAAGAUCAAGCACAAGAAGAAGAAGGUCAAGCUCGCCGUGCUCCAGUUCUACAAGGUUGACGACGCGACCGGCAAGGUCACCAGGCUGCGGAAGGAGUGCCCCAACGCCGAGUGCGGCGCUGGCACCUUCAUGGCCAACCACUUUGACCGCCAUUACUGCGGCAAGUGCGGCCUCACCUACGUGUACCAGAAGGCGCAAGGUGAGUGAGCGUUAGCUCCUCUUGAUCGAAGCUUAUCUAAAUCGACGGAAAGAAAAGAUGCUUUUAGCUAGUUUAAGUUUUUCCUUAUGUUUAGCUUAUGUUUUGAGGACAAAAUAAUGAGGACCAUCGUGAUUAUUAAAUGUUACUUUUAAGAAGUUACUAUUAGUUCGACGGAUGUUGAUUAAUUGCCAAUCUUUGUUACUGGAAGAGACCUUUUUGGUUUACAGUUGAUUGCUUGUUAUUGAUAAUGCUAUCUUGUUUGGAGUUGUUUAGAGCG